GCUCGUAAGAGCAGAGGCGACAGAGAGAAAAGGACGCACGAGACGACGGAUAAACACAUUGAGAGAUACAGACAGCAAGAAAGCCACCGUAGAGAAGAUGGCUGCUGUCAUUGCUAGUGUGGCCCGACUCCUUCAGCCAGCCCUGGCAAUUUCUGAAGGCGAAUCUGGUUGCCAUGGCCUAGCCCCCUGGUAUCUCCUCUUAGGUCUACGCCUGGUGGCUCUUUUCAUUGCCGAUGGGCCCUGGUCGUCCACCAAGCCUGACCUGGCCUGUAACUGGACCUCAACAACAGUGGAAACCCAGUCUUUCUGCAGAGCACUCUGCUUCAACCAGCAUUUCUCUUCCUCCACAUCCUCCGUGUGGGGCUUUGCUUUUUUGAUUGUCCUGCUUCCAGUGGGAUUGAUGCGACUUAUAAGGGCUGGAGCUACGCGCAAGGGAAGGGCAACCAGGAAAACAGAUGAAGAGUUGACAGAUACCAUGGGAGCAAGUCCCAACAUGGCAAGUGGAAUCAACAUGGCUCCCGGAACACUUCCGUUGCCCAGCAUCGCUGCCUUCAGAAACAACACUCUUCCGUUGGAGUCCAAGUUUCCCUGUUGCACCAGGCAGUUAGUGGCUUUCAAUCUUUGUGUAAUUCUUCUCCUGACAGUAGAGGCCUGCUUCCUCUGGAUUGUAGUAUCACUGCAGAUCCCAUCCGUGUCCGAAAUGAGCUUCUUGUGCCUUCCCAGAGCACAAAGCUGCCCCCAGGCUCUGGAAUGUGUUGUGGCAGGCCAGGCUGACAAGCAGGUAGCACUGUGGGCUUUGGUCUUCACGGCCAUUGUCAACGUGGGUGCCAGCCUGGCCUACCUUUUCCUACAGCUGGGGAAGGUUCCCCAGUGCCGUGGAAGAUGACAGAGAAGGGAGAAAGAGAGCAAGAACCUGGGCAGUGAAAAGGAAGCUGAUCAGUGUAAUGUACCAGCCUUCCCCAACCCUGUGUCCCCCAGAUAUGUGGGACAACAACUCCCAGCGUCCCCAAGCCAACAUAACUGGGAGUUGUAGCGCAACACUUCUAGGGGUCACCAAGCCUAGGAAGUCUGCAAUAUCUCAGAGCUGGCUAUGUCACUCAUAAGUGAUGGAAGAAUAUUUAAGCAGUAUUUUAAAUGUUGAUAUUAUUGAAUUUUAUUUGGCCAGGGCGGCUUGUUUUAUAUUGUAUGUUUUAUAUUAUAUAUUU